CAAAAAGAAAGUUGUACAUGGAAAACACAUCCUAUUUACGUUGUUACUGUAGAAAAGGAAUAAAACACAAACACAGUGAACGAUUAAUAAUGAACCAUACCUGAUUACUGAAUUAAAUUCAACCAUCUACUAAAAUGUCUUUAAGAUUAAAGAAAUAAAUGCGUAACAUUAUUUUCGUAAACAAUGGAAGAAACACAUGCUUAUAAUCAUAACAGAAAUGGUGAUUGUUACACACAUAAAACCUGUUAUAUGUGAUGCCUGUUAAUAUUUAUUGGAAAAAAUACAUAAAUACAUAAUGAUGUUUUGGAACCAUACGGAAUCCUGCACCGAAGUGGAUGAGGAAUGCUUCCCUAUAAAAGAAGUGGCCAACAUCAUCAAGGAAUCGGUGGAUUCAAUCAUAGGAGCGAGGAGGUACAGCUACUCCAAGGUGUCCCAGUGGACAGAGGAGAUCAUCAAGUCUUGCAUCAAUAGGCUGACCAAGUCCAAGGAGGGCUACAAGUUCGUGGUGACAUGCUCCAUCAUCCAAAGGGGCUCUUCCGCCCUCUACAGUUCGGCCCAGUGCUACUGGGACCAGAGCACCGACUGCUGCUGCACCAUCCGAUGGGAGAACGCCAACCUGUACUGCCUCACUGCAGUCUAUGCCAUAGCCAUACAGUAGUCAAUAUAGCGUAUUAUUUAUUGCAA